UCCCGCUUCUACUCUCCUUGGACGUUGCAGAAACAUUAAUUUGAUAGUUGCUUGGAAUGAUGACAGAUUCGUGUUCCACGUUCCACGAGGAAGAAAUGUGAACUUGUAAACUGGUUGACUUGCUCGUCGUACCCCACUGCAACUGCGAAAUAGGUUAGAUUUUUGAAAAAAAAUAUCACAAUAACCUUAAAAUUGUGUAUUUUUACUAUUUUUAGUAUUUUUACAUCUUGAAGCUUUUUAAUUGAGAAGUUGAGUAACUUUCAUCAACAGACUCAUAAAAAAUGAUGCGAUAUGAAGAAGAAAACGAAAAACUAGCUGAUAAAUCGGCUUGUGCAGGCGUAAGGGCAGAUCUAAAGAUGUGCUUACUCGAAAGUGAUUGUUGCAAAGUUGAAAAACGAACCCCAAGGGAAUGUUUAAAAGCAAAUACUGUACCUGUUGAAUGUCAGAUACUACGUAAUACUUUUUUUGAAUGCAAACGAUCAUUGCUGGAUGCAAGACAAAGGUUCAGAGGUAGAAAAGGUUAUUAAGGUGGAAGAUUUAUUGUAAUAUGUAAUUUAGUUGAGUUUGUGACAUUUGUUGAUUUAUAAAUUAUUUUUAACUGA